UAUGAGUAGAAAAACAUUACAAAAACGACAAGAUAUACCCAAACAAGAUAAUGCACCGAAGAAAGAUGAUGCUUCCCCUGCACCAAAAAAAAAUGAUGUUCCAUCUCCAAAAGAUGCUCAAAAAGACGCCCCAAAAGAUGCUCCUAAGGAUGCUCCUAAAGACGCACCUAAGGAUGCUCCAAAAGACGCACCUAAGGACGCUCCCAAAGACGCUCCAAAAGAUGCUCCUAAGGAUGCUGCUAAUGACUCUCCGAAAGAUGCUCCUAAGGACGCACCUAAGGAUGCUCCAAAAGAUGUUCCAAAAGACGCACCUAAGGACGUUCCCAAAGAUGUUCCUAAGGAUGCACCUAUAACAAA